AGACAUCCUUGUGUGGCAUUCCACGUAUCGCCUGGAAUGAUGGACUCCUCCGAGUCUUCGCGUCCAGUUGACCUGCCCCGCAAAAUAACAGAAACACCCUGAGACAGUUCGAAAUCACACCACCGCUGCCGUGUUUUCCUCGCCGCUGAGUGCCACUGCAAGAACCACCAGCCCGGCAGCCCGGACCGACCAUGGCCACCGGCGACAUGCGCCUCUCCAUCGCGCACCAGACCCGCUUCGCGCUCCGCCUCACCGCUGCGCUUUCCACCCUUUCCUCCUCCAGCAACACCGUCUUCUCCCCGCUCUCCCUCCACGUCGCGCUCAGCCUCCUCGCCGCCGGCGCGGGCGGCGCGACGCGCGACCAGCUGCUCGACGCCCUCGGCGGAGGCGAUGGGCCGGCCGCGGCCGAGAGCCUGCACGCGCUCGCCGAGCAGGUGGCGCAGCUCGUGCUCGCCGACGGGUCCGAGGCGGGCGGCCCGCGGGUGACCUUCGCCGACGCCGUCUUCGUCGACGCGUCGUUCAAGCUGAAGCCGGCCUUCGAGAAGGUCGCCGUGGGAAAAUACAAGGCUGAGACCCAGUCCGUAGACUUCCAGAAAAAGGCUGCUCAAGUUGCUGCUCAAGUGAACUCAUGGGUAGAGAAGGUCACCUCAGGUCUAAUCAAAGAGCUUCUGCCACCAGACUCCGUUGAUGAAACCACCAGGCUGGUUCUUGGCAAUGCACUCUAUUUCAAAGGAGCUUGGACUGAGAAGUUCGAUGCAUCUGAAACGAGAGACAGCGAGUUCCACCUUCUUGAUGGGAGUUCAGUCCAAGCGCCUUUCAUGUCCAGCACAGACGACCAAUAUAUUGCGGCUUAUGACACCUUUAAGGUGCUCAAGCUUCCGUACCAGCAAGGUGGGGACACGAGGCAGUUCUCCAUGUACAUAAUUCUUCCAGAAUUACAAGAUGGAAUCUGGAGCUUAGCUGACAAGUUGAGCUCUGAACCUGAGUUCUUGGAGAAGCAUAUCCCAAUGAGAACAAUUCCAGUUGGUCAGUUCAAAGUUCCCAAGUUCAAGAUAUCCUUUGGAUUUGAAGCAUCCGAUUUGCUAAGAGGUUUGGGACUCCAGCUGCCACUUAGCGAAGAAGCAGAUAUGUCAGAGCUGGUCGAUUCGCCGUUGGGACAGAACUUGUGUGUUUCAUCCAUUUUUCACAAGUCGUUUGUGGAAGUUAAUGAGGAAGGAACAGAGGCCGCAGCUGCAACUACUAUAGGGAUUAUGCUCUGUUCAUAUACAAUGCCCGUGGAUUUCGUCGCAGAUCACCCCUUCCUGUUCCUGAUUAGAGAAGACACAACUGGUGUGGUGCUGUUCGUCGGUCAUGUGGUCAAUCCCCUACUUGCUGCAUAGUGUGUUUGUUCUGAACCGCUGCCUUGGUGUAAUUCCUUCCAUCACCUGCGAGUGCAGGGUUGUGGCGUGUGAUCAUUCCUCCUGUGUAAUCUGGUAUAUGUUUUGUGUCUGAAUAAAUAGGCGGCUUGAUCGAUGUAUAGACGAUAAUUACUCUACUAUAUAAGGUCGUGGGGUAAUAUAGUCAUAAUUACUCUACUAUAUAAGGUUGUGGGGUGAUAUAGUCAUAACUACUCUAUGGUCCUGUUUGGGAGGAAGGAGCUAAAGUUUAGCCCUCUCAAAUGAAAGGACUAAAGUUUAGCACCUUGGAUGUUUAGGAAGAGGGCUAAAGCUUAGCACCUCUUCUGUAAAAUGUCCCUUUUUACCCCUGUGCUGCCCCUCCCACCGUUUUCCUCUCAGAUCCCAGCUCGUCCUCGCCCAACAGGGGUGCAUGCGAGGCUACACCGCGCCCGGCCCCAAGUAGCACCUCUCGCCGCCCCACCACCUAUCCCUCGCCGCCGGGGAUGCCAAGAAGCAGCCGCACCUUGGACCUGACCCCAGCAAGCGGGCCUCCUACUUCGACCUCCUCGGCAGCGGCGGCGGCGACCACCACCCCAAGAAGCCCGACCCCUCCGCGGCCAAGCUUGCGCUCGCGUCCUUCCUCGGCGUCAUCGUCCUCCUCACCACCGACACCUGGGCAUGUCCCUGGGCGGCUCCGGCAGUGGCGCAUCCAGAAGCACGACGAGGCCGCCGUGCAGCAGUUAUGCAAGGCAGGCGGCGGAUCCGGCCGAAGGAGGUGGGCGGAGCCGAGCGCGGUGGAGAGGAGCCCGAGUCCUCCUCGCCGGCGGCGUCCCCGGCGUCGGCGCGGAGGCGGUGGUGUGGCCGAUCGGGCUAGGAUCCGGUGGCGGCGGCGGUGGCGGGGUCGGGCGGAGGCGAGGCGGCAGCGGCGGGGCCGGCCGGAGGCGGCGGCGGCGAGGCGGAGGCGGCGGAUUCGGCCGAAGGAGGUGGGCGGAGCCGGCGGAUCCGAGCGCGGUGGAGAGGAGCCCGAGUCCUCGCCGGCGGCGUCCCCGGCGUCGGCGCGGAGGCGGUGGUGUGGCCGUGCAAGGAGGAGUGAGAGGAGGAGAGAGAGAUGGGCAAGGGGAGGAAUUUUGAACAAGAGGGACCACUUUUAGCCCCUUUAGUCCAUUUUAACACCCCGGGCUAAACUUUAGCCUCCCAUAAUCCAUUAGCCCUCCAUUUUAGCCUAGGUGUUUGGGAGAGGAGGGCUAAAAUCUGGCUAAAAUGGGGGGCUAAAGUUUAGCCCCUCUCCCAAACACCCCCUAUCGUCUGAUUCACCAAGAACUUUGUGAUCUCGUCACAAUGAUUUUCCGCUUAGCACAUUGACAGUUGAAUUUAGGCUUCGUUCAGAGCAAUGUGGCUAGGAGGUUGAGAUGUUCUUGCAGAUUUUCGUUUUCUCCCAGCAAAUUGCAGAGGUAAUUUUGA